AUGAAAUUAUUUGAUAUUAUAAUAAAACAUAAAGCUUUUAGAUUAAAUAGGAAUAAAAAUAUAUAUAAGAAAAAUAUAAAUUAUUAUCAUUCAACAAAUUAUAGCUAUUUGAUAAAACUUUUAAAUGAAAAGAAUUAUAUUUUAAAUGAAGUAAAUUCCUUAUAUUCCUUACUUACUACAUUAUCACAAUAUAAAUAUGAAAAAUGUAAAAAUACAAACAAAAAUAAUUUAGAUUUAUUAGAUACUAAUGAGAAUAAUAUAUUAGAACAAUGGAAAAAAUAUAUUAAAAUUUACAUAAGCUGGUUUCCAGAAAUUAAUGAAGAUAAGUAUAAAUCAAAAUGUUUUUCUUUACCUAGUAAUAUAACUUUUCAUAUUGUUGUUCCUAAUAAUGAUAUAAAUUUAUAUAACUUUUUACAGAAGUAUGAUAAUUAUAAUUUUCAAAAAAUUUUAGAAAGAGUUCAUAAUAGCUCAAACACAAAUGUAAAUCCCUCAAAUUAUAAAAACGACGAAAAUAAUAUUUAUUCUAGUAUAAAAUAUACAAAUAAUGAAGAUAACCAAGGUGUGGACAAUUCUAAAACAGUUGAGACAGAAUUACAUGAGAAGGAAAAUUUAUAUGAGAAAAAUAAUACUAUAAAUAAAUUGUAUAAAAAUAAUGUAAAUGAAAAUACACCAAAAAAGAAAAAAGAAGAGGAUAUUCAAAAUUUUAUAGAAUACUCUAUAAAAAAAGAGACAAACCUAUAUAAAAUAGAAAAUGUAAGAAAACUUCAGAAUGAGAAUGUUAAUUUAAUUCAAUUUAAUAAUUCUAAUUGUAGUAAUCCUAAAGAUAUUGUUUUUUUUUUUACUUUUAAUUUAUAUGAUUUGAAAGAUAAUGAAGAAAUAAAAAAAAUAUUAAGCCAGUGCUUACAAGGAAAUCUUGUAAAAAAACAUGAUUCGUUCAACCCUUUUCUUUUUAUUGUUUACGAUUUUAAAACAUUAAUACACAUAUUGAACAAUAUUGAAUUAAAAUUAAUUAACAUUAACAGUGUGUUUGAUAUUUAUAUUAUAAGUUCGUUAUUGCAACUUGUUCAAAGAGGAGAAAAAUUGCAAAACGUUUUCAAUGUAUAUUUAAAUGAUCAUUUAAAUUAUGUAUAUCCUAAAAAUUCAACACAACCAAUAAAUUUUUCGUAUUUUUCAAUAUUCCCUCCUGAAUUUUCAGAUGUUGUUUCAGGAAAGUUUGGAAUUUUUGGAUGGGGAAAAUAUCAAAAAAAAAAAGAAAAAAGUAACAAGAAAAAGAAAAAUUUAAAAGAAACGGAUAAUGAAAAUGAGUUGGAUUAUAUAAAUAAUAUGAAAGAUAAAAAAGAUAAGGAUUCUAUCAUAAAAAAAAUUGAAAAAAAAAAUAGGUUAAGUAAAAUUAAGCAGGAUAACUUUAGAUUUAUUCCUGUGGAUAUAAAAAAUUUAAAUAAUAUUAAGAAAUUGGUAUUUGGAAAUAAAAGGGGUAUGCACGAAAUAACUGAAGAAGAUAUGAUAAGUUAUUGUAUUUCAAGAAAUUGUUGUUUGAUUGUUUUAUUUGACUUUUUAAUUAAAAAAUUUGAAGAAAAUUUAAACAUAUUAAAUAUUUAUAUAAAAUUGGAACAACCAUUAAUACUUUGCAUAAGUGAAAUCGAAAAAAGGGGGAUAUUUUUGAAUGAAAAAAAAAUAGAAGAAAUUCAAAAAAACUCCAUUGAUCCACUUAUGUAUAAAAAGGAGAUAGAAAAUUUAUGUAACUGUAGCAUAAAUUUAAAUUCUUCCAAACAGGUAUCUUCAUUAAUUUAUAGAAAUUUACUUGAUCUCACUUUAAAUAAUGAUGUUUCCGAUAAAAAAAUAGAGUAUGACCAAAAAAGUGAGUAUGAAAUAAAAAAAAUUCAAAAUAAUGAAAAUUUUUCAAAUAUAACUAACUAUGAAAGUAGUAUUUUUGAUUAUACCAAUAAUGAACCUAGCGAAAAUAGUAAUGAUAAAAGUAGUCAUAUGAAAAAAGAAGAAAAAUAUAAUAAUGAUAAUUUAAUGAGGAAUAUUAUAAACAGUAAUUAUUCCAAUCCUAUAACUGUUACUUCAUUAUCUUCUUCAUCUGCAUCUAACACAAUUGAAGAAAAUACAUCUUUUUAUUUUAAUAAUACUAUAAAUGAAAUGAAAAGAAAUAAAAACUUUCAAACAAAUAACAAAAUGUUAAAAAUUAUAGUUGAUGAAAUAGAAAAAAAUGAUUCAAUAAAAGGGGAGGAAAAAGAAAAAAUUAAAAAAAUAAUAAGUAAUAUAAAAUUAUAUAGGGAAUCAAAAAAGUUAUUUCAAAAUUAUAUAGAAAAUUUGCCUAAAUAUAUUCAAAAAAAUACGAAGAAAAUUCACUGCAAUUUUAAUCAAAUAGGUGCAUCAACAGGUAGAUUAUCAUGUGACCAACCUAAUUUGCAAAAUAUCCAUUCUAGAUUCCGAUGUGCUAUAUCGCUAAAAAAAGAUAAUGGAUUAAAUGAAAACGAAUCUUCAGAAAUAAAUAGUAAGAACUUAAUUACUUUUGAUUAUAGGCAAAUGGAAUUAUUUGUUAUGGCGUAUUUGAGUUUUGAUGUUAAUUUAUUGAAGUUAUUAACUUAUAAUGAUGUUUUUAUUGAAACUGCUAAACUCUUAUUUAACACAAAUGAGGUAACAAAUGAAUUAAGAAGGAUGACUAAAACUGUAAUUUAUGGCAUAUUAUAUGGGCAAACAGAAAGUGGACUAGCAAAAAGUUUAUUAAUUAGUGAUUCUCUUGCAAAUAAAUUAAUUCAGAAUUUUUUUAACUUUUUUCCUAAUGUUUAUAAAUUUAUGCAAAUGCAGAAAUAUUUAGUUAAGCAUAUGAACUGUGUUUAUACAUUAAUAGGAAGAAAAAGAAUAAUACUUCCUAAUAUAAAAAAUAGAUAUAGAAUUAGUAUGAAUACACCAAUUCAAGGAUGUGCAGCAGACAUUAUGAAAUUUUCACUAUUAUCUUGUUUUAAUAUUUUAAGUUAUGAUAUUUAUAGUAACCAAAGAUUAUUAAAAAUAAAUAAUAUUACACCCUUAUCAAAUGAUGACAAAAAAUUUUUGAAACCAACAAAAUUAAUAUUACAAGUUCAUGAUGAAUUAUUACUGGAAAGUGAGCAAGAAGCCACUAAUUAUAUAAUUCAUUUAUUAAAACCUGUUUUAGAAAAUGCUUUUUAUAAUUUAAUAUAUUAUACAAAUUCAAUAAAUAGACUAAUGCUAUUAUUUGAUUACAUGCAUGAUAAUAUUUCUAUCAAAACUUAUAUUGAAAAUUUGGAAAAAAUUAAUAAUAAAAAAUAUAAAAUUAAUCAGUAUGAACAAAAUAACCUAAAUUAUAAUUUAUCAAGCGAUUUUAAUCAAAUUUUGGAAAAUUAUAAUUUUAAACUACCUAUCAAGGUAGAAUUUGGUGGACAUUAUAAAGAAUUCUCUUAA